AUGCCAACUCCUGCUGAAAUUAUCGCUGCCCGUCUCAAUAACGAAAAUCUUUAUGACGAUGCUGUUGCUGAAACUCUUGAAGUUCCAGCCAACAAUGAAGAAGCCUCCGCCAAACGCUCGAUUUCAGACGAAGUAGCCUUUCCUACUUUGGGUGGGAAACAAUCCAGUUCCCCAUCACCUGUGCCUCAAUCUAUUCCAUCUUGGGGCCCAAGUAUGAAGACUCCGGUUAGUGUUAGCUCGACUCCAAAGUCAACCCGUUCUCCAACCCCAAGGGUCGUUGGAAAUGGUAUGAAGUCCAAGGUGUCUACCAUCCAAGAAGCCUUUGCUUUGAACGUGGAAGACCAAUUGAAUGUUGCACGCCCUGACUUUAUCAAGAUUUUGACCUUUGUCAAGCAAGAAACCAAAACUAGUAUUGAAUGUACCACUUCUCAACACACCAAGAAGAGAACCUUUUUAAUUACUGGUCGUCCUGAAGAAGUCAAGUUGGCUAAGAGAUUAGUUAUCAAGAAAUUAACUAAACCAGUUCAAAUUGCUUUCACUGUUCCUGCCAAGUUGAGAUCAAGAAUUAUUGGUCAAGGUGGUAAGAAUUUGAAGCCAAUCAUUCAAGCCAACGAAGUCAAGAUUGAAAUUGGUGAUGAAGAAGAAGAAGAAGUAGAACAAGAAUUAGCUGAUAAUGUCGCUGCUGAUGAAGACCACGAUGAUAUCUUUUCCAAGACUGUUACUGUUACCAUUGAUGGUGAUAUUGAAGGUUCUAAGAGAGCCAAGAACCAAAUCUUGGCUAUUGUUAAGGAAGAAACGAAGAAUUUGUCCACCAAGGUUCCUGUUGAUGAAAUCAUCAAGCCAUUUGCCCAAAAGGCUUUAGAAUCUGUUGUUACCAAAUAUGCUGAUCUUGAUUUUGCUAUUCCUGAUUAUAAGUCUGAAAAGAACAAUAUUGUUAUCGUGGGAGACCGUGAUUCCGUGAUUGAAGCCAGAAUCGAAAUCAGAAGUAUUUUGGAAAAGUUAGCUGAUAAAAUCACCGUUGAAGAAGUUCCAAUUCCAAAGGUUAAGCACCAAUUCUUACCAAUUGAUCAAAUUUUAGAAGAAGUUAACGUCUUGAUUCAAUUACCAAAGGAAGGUGAAUCCAAUGUCAAGUUCAUCGGUGAAAAGAGUAAGAUUAAAUUAGCCCAAGAACAAGCUAGAAAGACCACUUCUCAAUACAAGAUUGAAGUGUUGGAUAUGUCCAAGGCCCACAGAGGUAACUUGAAGCAUGUUAAGGCUGUUGCUGCUCAUUUGAAUCAAAAUGGCGUUUUCAAGGAGAUUGCCCAAACCAAUGAUGUCAAGAUUAAUGUUCCUGAAAUUGCUUCGUUGAGUGAUGAAACCUUAUCUUCGAUUCCAAUUGAAAUUGUAUCUAAGGGAGAUGAUGAAAAGAUCAAGGUUGCUAAAAAGUCCAUUGUUAAUCAUGUUAAUAGAAUUACCCCUGAUCAAACUCAAUUGAUUCAAGACAUUGACGAAUUCUUAUUGGGUAAAGUCGAUGAAACUAUCAAGGAUGUUGCCAAGUCUACCGGUGUCAACUAUGUUGUCUUGGGUAAGAACAUUACUCUUUUCUCUGAAAAGUUGGAAACUGAAGAAGCUGAAGAUUUUGAAGAAACCAAUGCUGCUGAAGAUUCCUUCAAGAAAGUUGAUGAAGCUUUGAAUAAAUUAAGAGAAUUAGCUACCAAGUUACAAACUGUGGUCCUUGAAGUUGACUCCAAGGAUCAACAACACGUUUCUGGUCCUAGAGGAACCACCUUGAGAUCUAUCUUGAGUUCUGUUGAACCAAACUCCAUCACAGUCAAAUUGCAUUCCAAUGGUGAAAAGCAAUCUGAUAAUGAAAUCUUUAUUCGUGGGUUUAGGGAAUCGGUCAGUGCUGUCAGGAAGGACAUUGAACAAGUUAUCUCCGACGCUCAAGAAUUCAAAGAUGGAUAUACCGCCACUAUUCAAGUUCCUGCCAAUGUUAUUUCUAGAAUUAUUGGUAAGAGUGGUGCUAACUUGAUUUCCCUUCGUGAUGAGUUUGGUACCAAGAUUGAUGUUGCUGAUGAAAAGGAAGACAACAAGGCCAAGAAUGCCAAGGUUGAUGUGACAAUUACUGGUAUCAAGAGAAAUGUUGAAGAAACCAAGAGCAAGCUUGCUUCUAUGGCUAAGAAAUGGGCUGAUGAAACCUUGGUUAGAUUGAGAAUUGAACACCAAUAUCACAGAAGAAUGAUUGGUCCUCAUGGAAUUUACAUUAACCGUUUACAAGAUAAGUACAACGUCAAGAUUAGAUUCCCAUCAUCUGACAAUGUCCCAUCUAACUUUGCUGACGCUCCAAAAACUAAGGAUGAAGUCACCGUCAAGGGUCCUUCCAAGGGUGUAGCCAAGGCUGAGGAAGAAUUAAAUGAAUUGUACCAAUUUGAAAAGGAAAAUGGAUUUAAGCAAGUCAUUCAAAUUCCAACCAAGGCUGUUGCUAGAGUUAUCGGUAAAGCUGGUGAAACCAUCAAGGACAUUGCUGAUGGAUCUGGUGUUGAAUACAAAUUUAACCGUAAUCAAGAAGAAGAAGAAAAAUCUGGAUUUGCCGAAGUUGAAUUGACUGGUUCAAAAUCUGCUCUUAAGGAAGCUUCCAAGAAGAUCAAUGAUAUCAUUGAGGAAAUUGAAAACUUUGUUUCUACUACUAUUAAGGUUAAUCCUAUUUACCAUAGAGAUUUGAUUGGUCAAGGUGGUUCGGUAAUGAAGGAAAUUAUUUCCAAAGCUGGUGGUGAUGACAUUCCUAGAAACAAACAUUUCAGAUUGUUGAACAUUCCAAAUGAAGGUUCUGGUAGUGAUGAAAUCACUUCUCAGGGUGAUAAGCAAGUCGUCGAAAAGAUUAUCCAACAAAUUAAAGAUAUUGUUGCUUUGAAGGAAGCUUCGGUUACUGAAGAAAUCGACUUACCUAAGGAAAAGCACCGUUUAAUUAUUGGACCAAAGGGAACCAUCCGUCACAGCAUUCAAGACGAAUUUGGCGUUACUGUUGAAAUUCCAAGAUCAAAUGAAGAAUCCACCAUUGUCAAGAUUGUUGGUUUACCAGAAAAGAUUGCUGCCGCUAAAGAAAAGAUUGAGGAAUUGACUAAGGAUGACUGGAAUGUUUCUAUUGAUGUCCCAAGUGUAUACCAUGCUUUGGUUAGUGAACACGGUGCUAUUUUCAAGCAAUUGAAGUCUGACUUUAAUGUUGAGGUCACCCAUGGUAAUCUCACAAGACAAGCUUCAAAAUUGUCUUCAGCAUCCACUAUCCCAACAGCACCUGAAGAAGCAUACCCUACUGACUCCGCCAACUAUUUGUUCACUAUUGUUGAAAAUGAUGAAGAAUUGAAAGAUGAUGGUGUUGUUAUUCCAUGGAGACUCAAGGGUGAAGAAGCCAGCACAGCAAAGGCAGCCAAAGUUAUAGAAGAUAGAUUAGCCAAUGCCAAGAGUGCUAAAUUCACAGGAUGGUUCUAUUCUGCUCAGUCAUCCGCCUUUUCCAAGAUUAUCGGACCUCAAGGUUCUAAGGUUAAUCAAAUUAGAAAGAAGUCUAAUACUUUUAUUACCAUCCCAAGAGCCAACGACAAGGAAUCGAAGUUUAUCUACUUGGUUGGUUCAGAAGAUAAUUUGAAGAUCGCUAAAGAAGAGAUCCAACGUUUAUUGUAA